AUGACAUGUCUACAUACUAUUGCUAGGAAUGACUCAGUUGAGGCAGAUGAAAAUGAUUUAGAGGCUCUUUUAAGCUCUAGUGUAAACACAAAUCAAACAAAACAAACUCCGAUACAUCCAAUGGAUGUUCAAAUGGCCGUGUUUCAUUGUUCAGACAGUUUCCUCAGGCAGAUCAUGAUCACAAAGCUGUCACAGUGUCAGUAUGCCUUACCUUUGCUUAUUCCUGACCCAUUCACAAUGGAGAUUGAGUGUCCUUUAUGGACAUUCAGACAGAUAACAAAAACAUGGAAGAUAACUGAAAACAAAGGUGAUUCAUACAUCACCAUGAAAAGUAUUCCAAUCUACAAAGCUGAGACUCCAUUGGUGUCGUUCUUCCGUUUGGGUUCAACAUCAGUGUCCAAGUCUCAGCUGAUGAACUCUUUGAUCAAUGACCGCCAUGACACAUUCUUCCACAGAAACUGUGCUGGUAGUACAAAAUCUUGCCAUUUAUUGAACGGUGUUGCAGAGAUUGCAUGGUACUUCCCUGCUGGAAAACCUAACGAUGCCUUCAAUGACUGCAUUGCCUUUUGUAAUCUUCAUGGAGAUGCUGCAGUGAUUAAAAUACAACGUGAAAUACUGACUGAAAAAUCUUCAUUCAGUGUUGUGCUGGUGUCAAAUCUGCAAAAAGAUGACCAGAAUUGGUCAAUCAUUUCUGCUCUUUUCAUGUCCAAAAAGCCUCUUAUUUGUCUUGUUGUUGAUGAUACUUGUGGCACUACUGAGAUUAAAAAGGGAAAAUACAAAAUGGGACUAAAAGACAGAAGUCACUCAGAUGUAUCUGAACAGCUUAAAAGAAUAAUUCAAGACAUUUUGUCUUCUCAAGAUUUAUCUAUUCCAAAAACAUUCUUUCAGCUUGAAACCAUGGCUGAGGUCUCUGGAAUUAAAGUGGAUGAAAGUGACCCUAUCUGUCAAAAGGGGAGAUCUGAAGCUAUGAAAAUAGCUAAUCUGCUUCAACAUAGGAAUGUUUCAAGGAUCAAGGAUGAUUUCCUUCCUUGUCAAGGUCAUCUGUGGCACGAGUGGUGCAAAAGAAACAAAGAACUCUAUAAUCUUAAAGGAGACGUUGAAAUGGACAAAUCCAUAAAGGAAAGAAAACUGAUGGAAAUACGGAAGAGGCAAUGUGGUGCUCCCUGCAGUAAACUGAUGAAGCUAUUCACCAAAAGCCUUUUGUUGUUGCCAUCAAAAGACAAAAAAUACUACCUGAGAUGGACUCAGAUCCUAACAGAUAACAAUCAUGACAGUGCCAAACUCAUAGAAAGCAAGAAAAAUGAGCUUGAAAACCUAUCAAAAGAACUGCAGUCAGCAACCUUUGGCUUGGAGCACUUUUUCAGAGAAAUGGGACAGUUAUAUGAGGCCCAUGAAACAAUUUUCGCAGAGAAUAGAAAGGGUGAGUGGUCCAAAUACCCUGAGUUGGCUGCAGAUCUACUGAUCUCUGGAUACCCCUUAGAACUAAUGGAUGGUGAUGCAGGUCAUGUUCCUUUGAAAUGGAUCUCUAGUCUUUUAGAAAAAGUCAUCCAGAAACUGGGUGACCAAAAAGUUUUUGUGCUGUCAGUUUUGGGUGUACAAAGCAGUGGAAAAUCAACAAUGCUGAACGCCAUGUUUGGAUUGCAGUUUGCAGUGAGCGCUGGCAGGUGCACCAGAGGUGCAUUCAUGCAGUUGGUAAAAUUAUCAGAUGAGCUCAAGAAAAACUUUAUGUUUGACUAUAUUGUGGUGGUGGACACUGAAGGAUUGCGUGCUCUUGAGCUGACCGGCACCUCAACCCUUCAUCAUGACAAUGAACUGGCAACGUUUGUCGUAGGAGUGGGAAACAUGACGUUAAUCAACAUCUUUGGAGAAAAUCCAGCUGAGAUGCAGGAUAUCUUGCAGAUUGUUGUUCAGGCUUUUAUGAGAAUGAAGAAAGUUAAACUUUCACCGAGUUGUCUUUUUGUUCACCAGAAUGUUACAGAUAUUGCAGCAGCGGAGAAAAACAUGGAUGGAAAGCGACGCUUGCAAGAAAAGCUGGACCAGAUGGCUCAGUUAGCAGCCAAAGAGGAGGAUUGUGUUGCAAAGUGCUUCAGUGACAUCAUUAAAUUUGAUGUACAACAUGAUGUGAAAUAUUUAGCUCAGCUAUGGGAAGGCAGUCCACCUAUGGCUCCCCCAAAUCCAGGCUACAGUGAAAGUAUCCAGGAACUGAAAAACAUUAUUCUCUUAAAAGCUUCAAAGUCCAAGUUCAUCACUCUUUCACAGUUCAGUAGAAAAAUCCAGGACUUGUGGAAUGCCCUUCUGAAAGAGAACUUUGUUUUCAACUUUAAGAACACAGCUGAAAUUGCAUUGUACAGAAAACUUGAGGACCAGUACGGAAACUGGACCUGGACCAUCAGGAGCAACAUGCUGACCAUUGAAGACCAGCUUCAUAACAAAAUAGAAAACGGACAGCUAAACAAAAUUGACUUGAUUGAUCUUAUUAAUGAAUCAAACAAAACAUACAAAGAAGUAAAAACAGCAAUGUCAAACUUCUUUGAGGAUGACAAGGAUAAAGAAAUUCUGGUUCAGUGGAGAGGCCGAUUCGAGAACAAAAUCAAGGAGUUUCAAAAUGACCAGGUCAGAGUGGUGAAAAGAAAACUGGAUGAAGUUAUCCAGCAAAAGCUUACUCAGAAAAAGCUGGACGAUCAGAAGCCAGUGUUUGAGAACAAACUCCUACAGAAGAGCAAGGAACUUGCUCAGCAGUUAAAAGAUAAGCCCAACGACGAAAAAGAGUUUCUAAAUCAGUUCAACUCUGUUUGGAGCACCUGGGUUACAGAAUUAACAAACGAUACAAAAUCUGUUGAUGACAUCAGUCUGAAUGAGGAUCUGUUAACUAUCCUUCAAGAGCUUGGGAUGGAAUCAGCUCUCAUAGUGGAAUGUAAAACAAGAGGCAGGUACAAAUGCUUGCCAGGGAUUGGUGAUUAUACAAAAUAUGUGAGCUUCCCAAAGAACCAAGACAUGUCUGAAACAAACGAACCAUCUAAAAAUAACGAGAACAAACAAGAAGACACUAAGAAACAAAAAUCAUUUUUCAAAUCUUUAUAUGGAGUUAUCUUUGGAAAAAAUGUAUCAACACCAACAGAGCAGCAGAACUCAUGCAGUCAUUUACAGUAUGAAGAUCAAGAACAGCAAAAAGUGGACUUCUGGAGUCCCAGAACAAAUUCAGAAGGAACACUGAUGCACUCUGCUAUUUAG